CACUCGUGCUGAUAAAAGUUUUAUUUUAAUUGUAAUUUGAGCAUAGCAGCUAAUUUACUUGUUUAGCCACAGUGUAGUUUUGGAAACGUUGUAAUAUAGUAAGCUAGAUGUAUUAAUGCUUGCUACCUGCAAGUGAUGACUGCCCUUGUCAAUAUUGCCCAAAUCUUAGCGCUUCCUUAUUCAGUCUUCAUGCAAUUGAUUGUAUUUUUUAUUUGUUCUUAAAUAAGUGGCUACACUGCAUCCGUCGAUUCAUUAAUACAGCCUAAAGCGCAAAGAAGCAUUCAAGCUACUGGUGCAAGGGGAACUAUAUUCUAUUUACGCAAGGACUGGCUUGUUUAUUAACAAAUACGUAUUCUUUUGUUGUAUUUGUAAGAACUGCUGUUCUUACUGAAAUACUGUCAGUGUGUUUCAACAUGGAUGCUGCUUGGAGUAAUUUUCUGUUUCAGACUCCACCCACCCAAACUCAAGCUGAUGCAGCUCUCCAGUCAGAUCUCCUCCCAGAUCUCACAGGCUCCACUGAGAACCCACCCACGGAGCACAUAGCCCCACCCCCUUCCACAGUGGACACUGCUGCUCUGAAUGAAGAACCUUUACCUGUGAAACCGGUCUCUCGGCCGGCGCGUGCUGCCCACAUAUGCCCCCUAUGUAACAAACAGUUCAAGAACGGCUACAACCUUCGGCGGCACCAGUCAGUCCACACAGGGAUCCGCAUGAAGGACAGGGCAGCUAGAGAGCGGGAGGAGGGCUUGAAGGGAGGAACUGCUGGUGGAGGGAGAGUAGAGAGACAGACGGUCCCUCUCUCCUUGCUGCAUCUUUCUGUUCCACCUGCUGAUCCGGCUCCGCCAGAGUCUGUUCCUCAUCCCCCUGCUCUUGGCAAUCAGGAAAUCGAAUCGGCUGCUGUGUCCAUCACUACUGCGACCGUCGCCCUGGCUGUUCCCCCUGCUCUUCCUGCCACUGUUGUGGUCGCAGGGGCAAUGAUACAGCGGCCUGCAAACUCAAACCCAAACCCGAACCCAGUACGCAAGAACCAUGCCUGCGAAGCAUGUGGAAAGGCCUUCAGGGAUGUGUACCACCUGAACCGGCACCGCCUGUCCCACUCUGAUGAGAAGCCCUACUCCUGCCCCAUCUGCCAGCAGCGCUUCAAGAGGAAGGACCGCAUGAGUUACCAUGUGCGCUCACACCAGGGUGGGGUUGAGAAGCCGUAUAUCUGCCCACACUGUGCCAAAAGCUUCUCCAGGCCUGAUCAUCUCAACAGUCAUGUUCGACAGGUCCAUUCGACUGAGAGACCCUUCAAGUGUGAGACUUGUGAGUCCGCAUUUGCCACACGGGAUCGGCUACGUGCUCACAUGAUCCGACACGAGGAGAAGGUGCCGUGUCACAUCUGUGGAAAGUUGCUGUCUGCUGCCUACAUCACUGAUCACAUGAGGGUUCACAACCAAUCACAGCAUCAUGCCUGUCACCUUUGCAACCGCAGUUUUACCACCCUUACAUAUCUACGUGUCCACGCUCAGAAGCACCACAGUCAGGAGUGGAAGGAGAGCGGGGGCCAGAAAGGGGGAUUUGGUGGGACUGGAGCUGGAGGGGUUCUGUUGUGCCAAUUGUGUGGGGUGCACUGCAAGACUCCCACCCAAUUACAAGGCCACAUGGGCACGCACACCGCCUCCGAGAGCACUCCCAGCCCUAACAGCACAACCACAGUGUCCUCCAGCAGCAGCAGCAGCAGCAGCUCUGUGUCUCUGGGGAACAUGGUGUCCACUCCCAGCGUGUGUGCAAGUGGAGCGAUGGGCCUGCUUGUUUCGGACUGCUCUGGGAUAGCCUCCCAAUCCCACAGCUAGCAGGGAAAAGAGGGGAAGGGGGAGAGAGCAGGAGAGAAUGCUUGUGCAGCAGAACAGUCCCUGUCGACCAGUCUGUUUUCUCCAUCAGCUGCAGAAGAUGGGGUAUGAAGAUGGAGAUGUUUGCACAAAGUUGCCCCCACCUUUCUCAGUCAACUGUUUUUUUUUUAAUGGAGCAGGAGUUGAAAGGACACUCACUGGAGAGGGCUGAGGGUUGGCAUUAUCUGAAUGCAUUUACAACAAAAAUUGUAAGAUUAAAUUGUGAGCUGAUACGGUCCAUUUACAGAAAUUGAUAAGGUACAACUAUUAUAGGAAUAAUGCAGUAAUGACAGUAGUGUUAGGAAGUCUUCUUGAAAGGGACUGGUUCCUUCUGAAGAGAUACACUGGAGAGAUUUUUGAAUGGGAUGCAGAUGAAGUACAGUCUUGUUCCAUGCUUUAAUUCAGAGUUGGAUUUUAAUUUCCUGUAACAGAAUUUUACUGUGGGUUUCAUGGUUUAGAUACCAAGUGAGUCAACCUGUUGCUCCCUGUAGUAAUAUUCUGGAUCACUGCAGUUAACUAACCUUAUUUUUAUAAGUGAAAACAUGUUCCCCUUUCAAAACUGCAUCGGUCAAAUGUAUUGAUAUGAGGAAUAAUGGUUCCAAUGUGUCUCUUCAAGAUACUGUUCUGAUAACUGAGAUUGACUUUUUUUUACUGAACUGUUGCUGAACAAUAUAUGAAAGACCUCUCUAUCAUGAACCUGUCAGUCUCUAACACAUUUUAAUGCCUUGAGUUGUACUAGUAUAUGGUACUAUUUUCCCCAAACUAUUCUACGGGUUGAUUGAGAAUAAUAAUUUGCAC